AAGUUACUAGAAAGCGAGCCAGCGCUUCCGUGUCGCCACCUUCUUUGUCUCCGGCCCUCCGACACUCGCCGUUGUCUGUAUUUUCCUUUGCCGUGGGGAUAUAUUUCAACAUAUAUCCAUCAUUUCUAUAUUGAAUGACAGUCGACUCUGAAAUAUUUAUGCCUAAAAAUAAAGCACCAAAAAUGGAUGACCUGGACUACAUCCCAGUAGACCUGAGCCCAGAAGAGCGCUCUGAGCUGGAGGACAUCCGUCGCAGAAAAGGCGUCCUGCUGCAGGAGAUCCAGAGGCUCAGAGAGGAAUUGCGAGAGGCCAUUUUAGAGGUGGAGGGGCUGGAGAAUAGCACAGAGGGGAGCAAAACUUUACAGAAAAGUCGGCAUGUUGCAAUGGGGAGGAAAAAAUUCAACAUGGACCCCAAGAAGGGCAUCGUGUUUCUCGUGGAGAACGAGUUGCUGAGACACACAUCGGAGGACAUUGCUCAGUUCCUCUACAAAGGAGAAGGCUUGAACAAGACUGCUAUAGGAGAUUAUCUCGGAGAAAGGGAUGACUUCAACAUUAAAGUUCUUCAGUCUUUUGUCGACCUUCACGAGUUUACUGAUCUCAAUCUUGUCCAGGCCCUCAGACAAUUUUUGUGGAGCUUCCGCUUGCCUGGUGAAGCUCAGAAGAUUGACAGAAUGAUGGAGGCCUUCGCUCAGAGAUACUGCCACUGCAACCCAGGCGUCUUCCAGAGCACUGAUACAUGUUACGUGCUGUCGUUCGCCAUCAUCAUGUUGAAUACCAGCCUCCAUAACCCCAAUGUGAGAGACAAGCCAGGCGUGGACCGUUUCAUCUCCAUGAACCGAGGCAUCAAUGAGGGUGGGGAUCUGCCAGAGGAGCUGCUCAGAAACCUAUAUGACAGCAUCAAAAACGAGCCAUUCAAGAUCCCAGAAGAUGAUGGCAACGACCUCACACACACCUUCUUCAAUCCAGACAGAGAGGGUUGGCUCCUUAAACUUGGGGGACGUGUGAAAACCUGGAAGAGACGGUGGUUCAUUCUGACGGACAACUGCCUUUAUUACUUUGAAUACACCACAGACAAGGAACCCAGAGGUAUCAUCCCCUUGGAAAACCUCAGCAUUCGUGAAGUGGAAGAUCCGAGGAAGCCUAACUGCUUUGAGCUGUACAUCCCCAACAACCGCGGUCAGCUGAUCAAGGCAUGUAAGACGGAAGCGGACGGACGAGUGGUGGAGGGCAACCACAUGGUGUAUCGCAUCUCAGCCCCCACUCCUGAGGAGAAGGAUGAGUGGAUUCACAGCAUCAAAUCUGCUGUCAGUGUCGACCCCUUCUAUGAAAUGCUCGCUGCCCGUAAGAAACGUAUAUCUCUGAAGAAGAAGGAAGAACAACCAUAGAUGCUUCCAGAUAAUUAUCUUUCCCCAUUAUCUUUAUCUCCUCCCUGAACUGGGAGGCAAAUAUUUCUCCCUGCUGAUGUAUCUCCAUACAUUUCCUGAAGUGCGUCCUGUUUCUCAUGAACAGACUAUUUUCUUUCUAGUUAAUGGACCUUAAAACGUCUCAUUCGUGCUGGAGAAACUCACCUGCUGUGGCUGCAUUCUCUGAGAUUCUGUCUGAAGAGAACUAUGGUCUGAGGUGACGCUGAUGCCACAGUAUUUGGUUAGUUUUCCAUGCUCAUACUGUGAUGUCAGCAGCUCAGUAUUGGGGCUUCCAGACAGUUUGUUCAGAGUAGCAUGCAGUUUUGGUUUAAUUGUUGCUACUUUCAUCGAUGAAAUGCCUUGUCCUUGGUGAUGAUGAAGAUGAUUCCCCUGCAGGAUAAUGUGAAUUUACUUCCAGAACUGCUGUGCUGGUUGACCAGGAUUUGAGGAAUUAGUAAAACUUGCUUAAAAUGUAUUUAGUGGCAUUUUACCACCAGAGUUGCUUUAGACACGAAAGAGGUCCGGUGAAGUACGAGCUCCGUUCAACUUCACUAAUGUCAUGUAUAAUGCUGAACUGGGCGGUGAUGAUCAUGAACUCCUACAAAAGAAUCAUCUCUCUUCUCUCACCUGUAGAGGCUUCAGUCCACUACUGAGAGAUUUUCUUAGGAAGGCAGCUCAAUACAAUGUAUACAAGUUCUGUACAUAGAUCUUAGCACAUUUGUUUACGAUACACAUAGAUGAUUUAAUUUAUUGUUUAUUUUUGUUAAUGUUUUGUACGAGCUAUUGUAGGUGUGCAUGAGUGAUGCAGCAGGCAAAGUUAGUUAGCAUUGACUAAAGGGAGGGGUGCAUUCAUGUGGACGUUCAUGAGCUGAUUGGUCCUUGUUAUUAUUAUGUAUAUGUUGGUACUUGGGUGAUCAGGAGAAGCACAAGCAUUAACUGGCCUCACACUGCGUCCGAGCUUUAGUUUCCCAAUGCCUCUUGAUUGUCUGUGAUUUGCUGCAUGUCUGGGGGCCAAUACAGAUUUGAACUAUUGGUAUUUGUGCUCUUGAAAGGCUUAAUAAUAGUUGCAUUUCCUGCUGAAGUAGAAGAGUGGAGGUUUGGGUAAAAUGAGUUUACAAACCCAGUAAACAUUUGAGUGGGCUUGUUGCAGCUCUCAUGUGACGUUCUCUUUUAACAGCGACGCUCAAUCUCCUCUGCUGUUACCUUCAUUAUGACCACCUGCCUAAUAUCUUGUCACUGUCCUGUUUGAAGUCUGCAGUUGCUUUGUUUUUCUGAAUCGGACCAAGAUUAAAGUCAAAAUAGGUGCUGGGCUCUAUGGUUUUGAAGGGACCUUUCUGCUUUUAGGAGGAUUUUGGAGGCAUGGAUAAGUGCCACUCUGAGCUCAUGAACUCCUUCCAAACCUUGGGACUCAGUUGUUGUUAACAGGGUUGCUUUACAAAUUGCAGUGUGGAUCAGGCAUCAGUAGUAUACGUAGUGUCUUUGCUCAUAUGAAGGACCAAAAGAAAGAACGCAGCGACCCAAAAGAUGGUACAUCCAGUGCAGAAGUACGACUGGUUGAGGAUUCUGUGCCGGACUAAUGAUCUGAUGCAAAGUGACCUUUCAGUUGUAGCUGUGGGAGUGAAAGAAAAAGCUUAACUAGUCUGGUGGUCAUAAUGUUAAACCCAUGACGUGCACCCUUAAACUGUAACCUCCAGUUCAUCAGCUGCUCUUGAGUUACCCUGCAUCUAAUGUUGCCUUUAUUCGUCUCGCUGUCCCUCCAAAAAAAGUGAGCACCGAGCAUCACAAACCCUGUAGUGCUUUCCUGCACGACUGGUGCACCUUCGCCCUACGGACAUUCUUGAAGUGCAAAGUUGCCAAAACCACUGUGCGGAUAUGAAACGCAAGAAGAAAGAAAUACUACUGAAGACAGAACCUGAAUGCUAAUCAAAUGAACACUGGACCUUUGGAUUGCACCUCUUUUUGUUUGUCAUUGAGUUGUAUUUUAUUUAUUUCAGUGUCUGAGGUGAAGAUGGAGAGAUCUUCUAUAAAUGUAGCAAAAAGGAAAAUGACAAAAGAUUGGUGCCAGUUAAGUACUGUCAGAAUAAAUGUAAACACAUGAUCGA